UUCUGAACAGCUGUUUGCCGUAAUUUGUGUGCAUUUUAUGUUAAUUUACGUGUGAAUACACCUGUUCUACGAACAAAGAGGCUUGCUAUUGUGAUAGUUAAACAAUCAAACUGUGAUUUCAUCGAAUAAUUGGUAAUAUUAAACUUCAACAGGAGGAUUGGUGUUUUUACUACAACGUAUUUCAGCGAUAAGCUUCGUUUACAAAGAUGGUACGUACAAAAGUAUCCCGAAACACGGCAUCAAAGCGGAACCGUACCAGCUACCAAGAGGAGCGCUACGUUAACAUUAUGCGUGAGUUCGAGAUUGUGUCUGAAACAUUCAAUACGUCAAUCGACGCAAAGCUGGAUGCCGAGUUGGAAAAGAUAGACUAUCAGGCGAGCAUGAUGAAGAGCCGCAUACCGAAGGAAAUUCUCCAAAUGACGAUGGGUGAUUUGCGAAAGACCGGUUGUAACUUAUUCGUUGAUGUGCUAAACAAGGUUUCCGCGAUCGAGGACAUAGUAGGUGCAGCAAACUGCAGUCAGCUCUCGAUUGGAUCGGGGGAUGGGCAAACAAGCCUGCACAAAUCGUACAGAACCGAUGAAGGUUAUCUUACGGAGGAAAAUGCAAAACAAUCGCUUGACGUGAUGGCUUCGGCCAAACCAUCGAAACGACCGAUCGGACCGCUAGCGUCGGCAAUGAAGAAAAACCGCCGCCGUAGUAAGUCCGUCUCUGCCCAUACUACCACACCUUGCAAGCCCGCUUCGGCAUCGAUGUUAUUUGGGAUGAAAGGCAAGAAACCCGACGCGUGUACGCCGAGCAAGAGCUUAUACCUGGGACAGUCAGAACGAUUUUCACGUCCCAAGUUUCGUACACCGAUGGCGGAGGUAAAAAAGAAGAGUCGUACACAGGCGGUCAGCACGGAUCGGGGCAUGAGCCAGAUCACGCUGAAGGUGGAACCAAACACACCGCUCGCUUUCAUACGCUAUCCGAGAGUGGGCGAGAAUGUUUACUCGCUUACCGGCAGUCCGGUCGUGAAUGCGGUCAUGACGAAACACAUGGCAAAUGUAAACAUUCCGGUAUCGAAUGGGGUGUUGUCGUUGCAACCGACUGAUCUGGAGGAUGUAGAUGCGAAGUUUUUACCCAAAAUCGAUUACGCUACGUUGGAGCAUCUCAAGAAACUGCAGUCGAAUUUGAACAAAAUCAUGCAGUACGCUGAAGAAUGCAAUUUUCACAUGAAGGAGUAAUGCCGAAGAAGUUGCGAAAAAACUGAUAGAAAAAAGACUGAGUUUGUGGUGGGGUAGAUUUUUUUUUCGUGAUUUGUGUAUCUUUAAUCGUAAAGUUUUUAUAUUGCAAUGUUUGAAUAAAUGUUUUUUGUCACUCAUUUUUA